UUUAGGGUUAGCAUUCCAUUCAUUGAAGCCCAUCAUCCAGGAGAAGCCGUGGUCCAACCGUGUCCACGUGUCCAACUUGUCAGCGCUCGACGGCUUCGCAGGCUAACCGAUCCCGGUGAAGGUGAUCCUGAAAGCGCCGCGUGGAAAACAGCCGACUCAGCCAAGGGCAAUACCAAACCCAACGGCGGCCAUAGCCCAGAAACCCCGAGACCAGUCGACACCGCUGGCGAAGCGCUGAGCUAUUGCCUAUGGCUAUGGCCGCUCGCAGGGCGAGAACGAUCGCUGCAUCUGCAUCAUCGCUUCCCUUGAUUGAGAAAUCAGCGGCGGAAAUCUCCUUCCUGUUUCUGAUCGUGGGCCGUGGCGCCUCCACGCCGAGGCGAGCCUCUUCAUCGUCGUCUCCAUCGUUUUCUUCACCAGCGCAGCCCUCGGAGAAGAAGAUAACGGACCGUCUCUCUGGUGUCAUCGACGCCGUCAACGACCGCAAGCUCCCUCCCGAACUCCGUGGCCGACGCAACUUCGUCAGGUCAGAAACGGAUAUAAUCAAUGUUGUUGAGCAAAGAAUAUGGCAUUCCAUGGAAGAGGGCCAGUUUGAGAACUUACCUGGGAAGGGCAAACCCCUGGACCUUAGCACUAAUCCUCACGCAGACCCAGCAGAAGACACCUUGUACAGAAUUCUAUCAAAGAAUAAAUGUGCCCCAGAGUGGGUUGAACUAAAUAAAGAGAUUUGGAGUAAAAUUGCUGAGUGGCGGUUGGCAUUGAAAAAGGCAUGGGGUAAUAGAUCUGAGGAAGAUAAUUCCAAGUGGACUGAAUGUUCCGAGGCAUUGAAAGUGCAGAUGCGUGACAUCAAUGAUAAGGUCAGCCACCAAGAACCCUCUCUUAGAAUGUCUUUUCAAUUUCCCUUCUCUAUUGUUUGUUUGUUUGUUUGUUUGAAGCUGCAAGUAGGUUUAAAGGACUGAUCUACUGGAAUUUCACCUAGGGAUGGUAACCUGGUGAUACUGAUUUUAAAAUCAUGUGCCUUUAGCCCAAAUGUCGUCGAUGUUAGAUGUUAGACCAAUGUUUCCCUUGCCAUGUUGUGCCUGUGAUGCAGCCAUCUGCUAAUUUAUGUUGUGGUCAGGCUCAUGAGCAAUUUGCAAGUAACUUUGGUUAGUUAAAUUUUGUACCAUCCCAAAAAGCACUUCUUCAAGAAACUUAUUGAUAAACCCAUGCAAUUCCUUGUGUAGUUUUAUUUUGAUUGAUGUGCUUGAUUGAAUUGCACAUUAAUGGGCAGCUGCCUAUGGUAACAUAUAUAUCAUUUUCUCAUCAGUGUUGGGAUCUUGUGCUGCACUUGAAUACAAAAUGUUGUCAGAGUUUGAAGGAUGGUAGAAACUUUUGUAAACAUGCAGUGUAGAAAUGAUUUGAUUGUAAUGUUGUCAACUGCAGAUUUUUCGGUAUAAUCUCAUUGUGCCUUUCGGACGCCAGAUGUUUGGGCUCAAAUGGGAGAAAGAACUAGAUCGAUUGAACGAAUGACUGCAGUUCCGACCGAACUCUCGCUGCCUUUCGGGGCUUUUUCGUCAUGCAGUUUGAUAGGGUAAAGAGUGUAUUUCCUGUAUUAUAUGCAGUCUUGAAAUUUUUAUGCAUUGAAGUAAAAAAGAAAUGAAGGUAUAAUGGGAUUAAGACAAAAAUCAAAUUGUUGUUAACAUAUGAUUAGUCUGUUUGUCUCGUUGCUGAAACAUAAUUUCUGUGUUUGAUAUAGAAUGACUUUGGAAUCGCAA